GUUGUAAUUGAAUCUUAAGUUACAUUCUUUUAAGCAAAAAAAGAUUAUAAUUAGACCGAAGACCAAGAUCAGUCGAGUCGCAGUCCACUCUUACACAUAUCAUGUAACAAUAUAACGCGGCCGAACGCGCGAUACAAAUCAAUUUCAGACUUACCGCGCGGCUGUCGGCUGGUGCAUACAAAUAUUUAUAUAUAUUUCUUCUUAUAUUAGUUAGUUUUUAGGAAUGGUGUCUCACGUGGUGAAACUGUGCUUGAAUAUAAUAGUAGCCGUGAACAUUCAGACCUGCUUAUUAUGCCCUCUAAGAUCCAACCCGUCACUCCACGACGCAUUAGUAGACGCGAAAGCAGUAUACAAAUCUGGCCGUGGCGAAAUCUUGGACAUGGAGACGCCCAUAACCUUGGACAAAAUCAAGAGCAAGCUGAAGGAAGCUCACAUCUUCAAUCCGGAAGUCGAGAAUCUGUCUUAUAGGGACAAGAAGGAGCUGACUAAAUUGUUUAACGCUGUUGAAAUUAUGACCACAUCACGCAACAGACAGCCAUCGAACGUGCAGAACAUGUUCGCCACACUGCGUCUGGUGGAGAGAGCGCAGAAGAAGCUCAUAAAAGAGGGUCAAAUCUCCGAGAGCUUGGCCGCUAAGUUCCAUUGGGAAAACUUUCCGACACGACAGAAGAGGGAGAGGCCGAGUUACACUUUAGACAAGAGAACGAAAAUGCGCAUUUUCGACGUCACAUAUUAAGUCUUAACAUUUUCUGUUCCCGUAGGACGGCACGCGCGAUGCAGGUUUUAUCGCGCGGAAAACUGUCACUGUCUCGCAAAAAAAAGAAAAAAACAGAAGCAUAUCGUGGCUCAAAAUAGUUCAAUAUUAAAAAAAGUUUAAUUCGGCAAAUAAGUUGGGAUCAAAUAGUUUCAACGACGCAAAUUCGCGCGGGCGAUGCAAUUCAAUUAUUUUUCGCAUUUUUACCAUAUAUCUAUAUUAAUUAUCU